GCUCGGCGGCGUUCGGUGCUGAAGUGGGGCGGAUGGCAGAAAAACAGCAGCGAUGGACAUUACACCGCAGGAUUCCCAUUUACGAUGUCGCUAAAUAAGCAUCGGGACAUCGCGCUUUCACACCCAUCAUCCUAGGACACUGACAGCCCAACACAAAGGGAUGCUGUACUGUCACCGCUCCCUGCACUCUCAAGUCCAUAAAUGACCCUUUCACUGAGACCCAAGGAAGCCUAGGAGGCGACGGCGAGUGAAACAAAAAGAGGAGUGAGUGAAAUAAGGAGAGGAAGUAGUCACAUUUCACCUCAGCUCUCGUGUCCCUUUCUGUGCCCGUCGGUCAGGGAUGGUGAGACCAGUAACGUCCCUUCCCUGUGGUGAAAAGAAGCUCCUCUCCUGCAAGCCAAACAGCUGCUCCAUUAGUCAAACAGACGCCCAGACAGUCCACCAGUCAGUCACUCCGUCAACCAGCCUGCUAUCAUCCAGCAACCUAUUACCUCACGCCAUGACUGCUCUGUCUGACCUGUUUUUAGGAACUCACUAAUUCAUGCCCCGGAGUGUGAGUGGAGUGGAGAUGAGAAAAAGGCAGGCGGCGCACAUCGAGGCCCCACCCCAGGCCCCUGGACAGCCCCGACCCAACACCUGCUGCCUCUGCUGGUGUGGCUGCUGCAAGUGUCUCUGGAAUGAAGACAGGAUGGAGCGGAGUGAGCGACAGACCUGCACCAAGAUGGACAGUAUUGAAGCUACAGAAGAACAACACCCCAGUCUAGAGGAAGCGCUGUCGUGGGCACGGAGCUUUGAGUUGAUGCUGCGCUCGCUGGAAGGCCGGGAGAUCUUCCGGGAGUUCCUGCGCUCGGAGUACAGCGAGGACAACCUGCUUUUCUGGUUGGCCUGUGAAGAGCUGAAGAAGGAGACGAAUCCGUCGGUGGUGGAGGAGAAGUCCAGGAUCAUAUACGAAGACUAUGUGUCCAUAUUAUCACCCAAAGAGGUGAGUCUGGACUCACGGGUCAGAGAAGGAAUUAACCUGAGCCUGGCGGAGCCCAGCAAUCUGAUGUACGAGGAGGCCCAGUUUCAGAUCUACACCCUGAUGCACCGCGACUCCUACCCCCGUUUCCUCAACUCCUCCGUUUACAGAGACCUCCUGGCCAACAGGAGGCGCACCUGCCUCGACACCUAGACCCCUCCACCCUCCCUCAUCGCCAUCGUACGCCAACGAGACUACUACUUAAACUUCAAAUACUACUAUGGUGCCAGAAGUCGGGUUUGGAAAAAUCUCUCCCUCUUUUUUGAUUGAAAAAAGACUGAAUGACAUCCGAGAUAGCUGGUUGUUUUUUAUUUAUAUUUUUUAAGCAAUUUAUAUCCAGUUCUCCACUGGAGCCAGGUCGGCCUUUGCUGGUUGGUUAUUGGUCGGUUUAAGACCAUUAAUGCUGGCCAGUGAUUGUUUUGCUAGCAAAAUUUGUGCUGUUUGUUACGGUUGACUGGCCAACCUGCUUGUCGGCUGUCGGUAGAAAUGGCCAACCUGAUGGCCAGCUGCUGGUUAACUGUGGACAAGGACUCCUCAGGCGGUGGGGACAGACAGAGAGAGAGAGAAAAAGGACAAGCCAACUGUUCCUGUACUGUAAUAUUUAGACCUCAUACUUUAAUAUCUCUCUCUUUACUCAUUCUUUCAUAUGUUUUUUGUUUUUCUAAUUCUGUCCCAUUCUUCAGAUGUGUAAAAAUGUUUUAUUUCUUUACUGUCCAAACAUGACACCUAGUUGUUGGUGGGAGUUGGGGCGUCUCUGCCCGUUUAACCAGUAGAAGCACUGGCUCUGCAUGUAACCCUCUCUCUCUCUACAGUAGCUUGACGAUGUAAGCCGCGGACUGCAACCGUUUUUGAAUAUUGAGAUGUAUUAACACGGGGGACCUGUGUGUCUCUGUCUGGAUGUCUAUAUUCAGUGAAGGGAAAAAGUACACUUCUGCCAAUUUUAAGCUUACUGCAGUUUUUUUAUUGAGGAGAUUUGACGGCCUCUGCAGCAAAGGCAACAGCACCUACCCAUCCAUCCAUCUAUCCACCUUUCCAUCCUUCCGUCCGUCCGUCUGUCCGUCCAAGCACUUUCCUUCUUUAGGAUUCUUUAACUGGGAGAAGUAAGGGCUAGAAUUGUGGUUGGGCAGCUACAUGUAUUAUUAUUACUCAUGAACUUUAGUCAAAAAAUCUCUCCACUGAGAAAAUCACAAUGCCUUUACAUGUAAGGAAAAGGCAGCACAAGCGCUGCUGGAGUUUUUUUCUGGAAAGCAACCACAGUUUGUCCAACGAUUCCCUACCUCCCAUCUUUUUUCCCCCUCCUCCUCCUCUUCCUCCUCCUCCUCCUCCCUUCAACUCAGACCAUCACAGCCUGACAAGCACAGGUGCCCAGUGUGGGGUAAGAAACCACCACUGGAGAAAAAAAAACAAAAACACAUUGACUCCAAAUAGUCAUCUACAUUUUGAAAUAGUGGCGCAGAAAAAAGAGGGUUUACCUUUUAGUGUUUUUAUUCUGAAUUUGAGCAUUAUGGAAAGCUGGUUCUGCAUGGAGCAGGCACUGAUGUUACUGAAGGGUUAUUGAGCCCUGGCCUUUGUCUGUAAGGCUCUAGCUUUAGAUGCUGUAGGUAACCGUCCCUGGAGUUGGACGUCCAGCUGCAGAUACAUAACCCGGGUGCCAAACAUGAUGUCAAAGAUGCUGUGAAGAGAUGCCAGACGUGACCGCCUGUAGAGUCUUUCUGGUGCAUGUCUGUUUCUCUGGCAGACGGAGCUGGGAGAGUGUAUGGUAGUCUUUCAGUUAGCUACUGCCCAUUCAAGACACUCAUUUUCGCACCAGAGCGAGUGAAGAGGGUUGGUUUAACGAUGCUAACAUGCUACCGUACCGAGCUAGCCACACGCUAGCUGUCUCGACGAGGCUAACUAGGUUUCAGCAUGCUGUAGGCAAGCAGUGAGCAUGCUUGUGCUCGCCGUGCUAACCCUCCAUCCCGCUGCCAGCCCUCACACACUCUGGUUUGUUUUUCUAAUCUGACUUUGACAGCAUGCGAUGAUAAUGGCUAUGUGUGUGUGUGUAUGGUACAGUUACACACUUAACAGAAACAUUUAGUAAAAAAAAAAAAAAAAAAAAAACUUUUAAGGGGGUCUUGCCAAAAUGUCCCAUUAACAUUUUUAGCAAAAAGGACAUAUUCUUUUUUUGUUAUUUUUUUGAUGAUGUGAACAUUUGUUCCCGGCCUGUGGAUGUGCAGUAGAAAGUGCAUGAGUGCAGUAUAUGCUAUUUUGUUUAAUGAACCGGACCUCCGAGUAUAUUCUUUGUGUCACACGACGGAGGGCUGACCUCUCGGUUGGUCGUGAAGUGUCAAUGAAACAGUGCCACUCCUCACUGGUAAAUGUAGGCAUCCGUGUUGCCACCUCCUUUAAACUACCUGAAGUUCACGUGCCAAGUUUGGACUAGAUUAAAUUUAAGAGUAGACGGCGCAGGAUGUAUUAGCAGACUAUUGAAGUGCAAUUGGAUGUAGUUAGUGACUAGAUUGGAGUCUAUGUCCCACCAUGUUAGAUUGGUUUUGAAUUGUCCGAAGUUUAGCUUGUAAAUUACUUACCAUGACGACGAUACUCAAAAUGUUUUAAUGGUACUGUUGGAUUAUUUAAGAACUGGCUGCUUCUAGUUUGCAAGAGGACUUAAAUAAGGAAACAGAUAAUUCAAUUUAUUGUUUUUAAAAAAGAAAUACAGGCCUUCUGCUUGAGCCUAAAUGGAAAAAAGAGUCCAUUGAAUGAUGGGAUUUUGAGUUUCCUUAAGCCGCCAGCUUAAAACCAAGCUAUCGUGCUACUACAAAAGCUUUCUGUCGUGAAGUAUUGGUUUUAAAUCAGUAAAGUCAAAGAAGGCAAGUCUAAUCCAAUAAUCACUGCAAUGUUCCUUAAUAAAUAUAGUAUAUUUAACCUUUGGCAAUACAGUACUCACACGCAGACCACAUUAACACCCAUAGGGACCUGAUUGAUGUUGCUUAGCUGCUGUAAUGAAGAGCUGUGCAUGCAUGCGCUCAGUCAAUCAGACGAAUACAGAGCAGUUAACCAAUCCUGAUACUGGAGGAUCAAUUGUCACACUUUCUCCUCGGAGCACUUUCCAGGAACCAUUUUAGAUGUUGUAUUUGGACAACUUUGUAACUUUUUUGACUCGGUAGACGAACGCUUGUCGCUCCUGACGCUCUCCUGCAGACCUCUCCUGCACAGUACAGCUCCUUGUCGCUGAGUCUACACAGUAAUUAACACGAGAAUGUUUCACCAAGAACCAGAUGAAAUCAUGGUGCAAUUAAAAACCAAGUUUACAUUUAUAAAUUGUGCGAUGUGUGUACCUUAUUAGAUACUCGUAACCUUGGGGAGAUAACUGUCCCCGGUGUGAGCAGACGAGCCAGCAGGUCUCUGCCCCAGUGCUAACUCCUUUUAGCACUUUACAGGGUUUACAGGGGGAGGACAGACACAGCAGAAAACCCAGGUAACGGUGUUUUACAGGGAGGACGGACGCAGCAGAAGCUCGCGUUGUCUGCUCACGUCCUUUCCUCUUAAUUUAUUGUGACUUUUACACAGCGGGAGAAGAGUACACGGUUGUUUAUUUUUUAAUAACUGCAUUUCAAAUGUAGAUUUUACAAGCAAUGAUGAUGAUGUGAAGUGAUGUAGUGUCAUCGCUGAGUUUAGAUUUUUGUCUUUAAAUCUCCAUGGGUUCCAAGCAAGGGGGUGUUUUCUUUUUGAAACGUGGCUGUGGUUUGUUGACCGAAAACAGUUUUAGAGCUGAAGUGUCCUGAUGGGGGCGGAGGAGGUUUGCGAAGCUUUGGCCUUACUGACACGUUUUAUGAUUUUUUUUUCCUUUGUAUAAAAAAAAAAAAAAAAGAAACAACAACAAACGUCUCCGUAGGCUUUUCACUACCUCUCAUGUUGGUUAAUUUAUUUCACAUCUAGUUGUCAAUGUACAAGUUGUUUUUAGAUCUACUUGAAGCCUAACACUGUAAAAAAAAAUGUGCACAGAAAAAUGACUAUGUAUAUGACCAGAGGGGUUAAAGAGAGCUUGGCCUAGUCAACAUUAUUAUUAUUUUUUUGUUUGUAUGUAUGUUUGUUUUUAAUUGUGUUGAGCUGAACUAGAUUUUGCAUCUCUAUAAAGAAUUCAGGAAUCCACUGUCUAAGGGCUAAUCCCAUUUUUGCCUAUGCAAAUCUGUUACUGUGGGUGAGUUGGGAAAGGGCGACCUACCGCACCUUUCACCGGUUUUAGAUGGACCAUGGUUUACAUUGCCCUUUGCUGAUAUUCUUCAAUCUUAUUCAGCAAAAAUGUACGCUUAUUUUUGUUUCUAUAUAAAUAUUAUACAUAUAUAUCUAUAGAUAUAUAUAGAUAUAUAUAUAACAAGUAAUAUACAGAGAAAAUAGUAUAUGCCUUCGUGAUGAUAAAAAAGAAACCUUGCUGAAAACAAAUAAAUGUGUUGUUGUCUGACAUUAUGUGGCUGUGUGCUGGAGUCUUGGUGAGAUUAUAUAGACGACUGGAACUGACGGAUCAGCGACUGACUGAGAAGUUGACUGACGGGAGAGACGCUCAUUACUCAGGCUACAACACUGGUAGCUGACCCUGUGCAGUAUUUCCUAACUGAGGGGGAAACACUUUAUUUAUUGAAGGAGUAACCACAUCAUGAUGUUCUGUGACAAAUAUGAUUAUCGAGCCCCAUCCUGUGAGGUAAAAAAAAAAAAAAAGGACUUGUCCUUGUCUUUUUUUACAGUUGGUCAUUUCUAAAGUAAGACUAUGUAAAUUUUGAUAAACAAAUGUUAUAGUUGCCACAGGUGACAGUUAAAUGAGAAGGACAAAUGAUCAAACAAUGUGUAAGUCAGCAAACUGACUCAGUAAUGUAGUUUACAGUGCGAGACCUGUGUAACGUUUGCUAGCAUUAGCCAUCAUUGCAGCCACAAGCUAGUGGUCACGCCUAAAGACUGUGUCAAAGAAGUGGACAUAGCAACCAUGGCGGCUGGGUAUCGGUACUUGCUACCUUUAAGACAAGGGUUUUCAAACUUUCUGUGCCCUCUCAAGGCACACCUGUAUUAAUAUCUGUGCACAAUAGCACCUAUAACGUGUGUUAUCAGUCUUAUUACUACAUAAAUGUUGGUUUUUAUUUGCUAAUAUCAAAUAACUAUUGACAACCAACUGUUGCUCAUGAAAUAUUUAUUAACGAAAUGAUUCAAGAAUUCAUUUUAAACCUAUUAACAUUAAAGCACCAAUAACACAACCAUUUAAACAGGAAGUAAUGUAAGAUAAUGAUGCGUCCCAUGCGCUAACAUUGACUAAUAGGUUUCCUGUGAAGAUUUUUGAAAUUAAAUAAAAUUUUGUACUUGGAGUUUGCCUCUUUAUUAAGAAAUAGGUAUGCAAAUUCAUUCAUAACUUUUUGUACAGGCCCAGUUGAGUAUUGCUAUAAUAAUGUGUGGUUAUCACAAAAUCCCAAAGCAUUGUGUAUUUGACGGGUCUAGGAGUUUAGCGUGCCAAAAUGCCACCAAAACUGAAAUUAUGGCUGCUGUAAAACUUCAGUUAAAAGCCGAGCCUAACGAAAGACCAAGCUCUGACUCCACAAAUCAGUUCAUUUUUAUAGAAGAUCUUAAAAUGUAAAGCCUCUUAAAGCCCUCCGAGUUGUUGGCUACAUGCCUGAGCUAAUGUUAGUGAGCUGCGUAGAUCGCACAUACAGAUACAAAUCAUUAGCUUGGUUAGAUUCUCCACAUUUUAAUCGUCCAGUUUAUUUCAAGAAAACACGAGCACCAAAAUAUGAUUCGUUCAGAAUUACCGGCAUCAUAAAUAAGAGAGAAGAAAAAAGUGGUGAUCUUUUCCAAGCAAGAGUUUUGUGUGAAAGGAAUUAAAGGCCUGUUUUAUAAAGAUGUCUGUCCCAUAUAUACAAACCCCGGGCUAUUAAUUAAAGUUUUAAGGUAUUCUACAUGCCAUUCGAGUCACGUUAGGGGUAUCAAAUUAACUACUCAAUUAGUAUUAUAGUAUUACAUAUUGCUUUAAGUGUACUGGUAUUGGUGCCGAUACCAUAAUUUUUUAGACAAUACUCACCCCUCGACUUCUGCAUUGUGGGGCCCAUUGAGCAAGCACACUAGAGAUUUUUGCCAGCCAAACAGCUCACCAACAGUUCAGCCAUCUGCUAACUUCUGAAGUGUUAUCUGACCGAAUGAAUUAAAUGGAGCAAACCCUGUGAGAACACCCUCCCAAACUGGCAGCCUAUUUAAGUUGCAGAAAUUUCCCAGCUCUUCCUCUGCCUUGUCAAUGCUGCUGCCCUGCAUCAGUACUGCUGCUUGCUCUUUCAGCAUCCACCUCCAGGCCGUAGCCCCCCAAAUCUCAUGUCCCCAAAUUCCUCGUAUCCACGGGGAGUGAUUAGGCAGGAGAAACUCUAGCUAUGUUCUGUUGUUGUCGUAAACAUUUCAAACAGAAGUUUUCUAAAUAAAGUCCCAAUAUUGAGAUGAGUCAUCUUGCAGCGUGUGUGACACUCAAAGAAAUUUUAUCAGCUGAUUCACAGACGUCUCUUUCACAGUGCAAGUCUGUCAGAAAAAGUAUUUUUAAGCCCCAUGGCAUCACGUUACGGUCCUCGUCCUGCAAGUUGUAAUUCCACGGUUUGGCCACUAUGUCUAAUUGGGUUCAUAGCCCAGCACUGGUCCUAGGGGCUUAAUUUGAAGCCAUGAAUUUGGCAUUUUGGCCAUUGCCAUGUAAUUUACAAAAGGUACAUCAUGCUGUAUUGAAGAAGACUUGACACUAGCGAUAAACUUAUUAGGGAAAAUGUUUAGUGUCGUAAUGAAGUCCACUUCUUUGAUACAGUCUAGUGAGGCUGCAAAACCUUAAUUAGUAUAUUAAACUACAUAGUCUUACUUUGAAGGGCGGAGGAGCAUGUGCACUGUCCAAACAUGACUCACAUUUUAUAACCAGUAACCAAUUAAAAAAUAAAAUAUUUAACUUGCCAUGAAGUAGUUUUGGUCAUGAUGAUCUUUUUGUUGUUUGUCAGUGGACACUGCACAGCUGUUAGUGUGACUUUGUGAUUAAACGUGUGCAGCACUGUGUCGUCAGCAAACAACAACAACUUAUUUUUCUAUUCUUCAUUCUUUUUGUAGCCACAUCUGGUCAGACUAUCACUGUGCUAAUACAGUAGCGUUGAUGUGGGACACAUCAGCAGAAGUGGGUUUUCUGUUUUUAUUAAUACUCCACUAAUGCAAGAUGUAAGAAAAGUCAAUGAUGUGUUACUCUACGGUACGAGACCAUUUACUCAGCUCCUGUGAGCCGCUGUUAGGUUCGAGUUGAGGGUUGAUUUAGGUCUAAUGAUUUAUUUUUUAACUCUUUAUUUGUACAGAAAAUAUUGCUCCUGAAGCGAGAUGGAAAUGAGAAUAGGAGGGUUGAUGUUUUAUAGAUUUUCCUCCACAAUUCCUCACAGUGCAUCGUGGCUAAAGACAGAUGUAUCGACUGAUGUUGGUUUGAAACUCAACCUGCUUUGUGUGUUCCCUCAGUUGGAUUUGGUGCCUCUUUAUGCUUCACAACAGACCUCAAGAUCUCUUUCUGUCUCUUUCUCUGUCUGUCUCACUUCCUCUCUCUGUACCAUCACAUGUACGACACUGUUAAUAGCAGUUAAAACAGAGACGGUCCCAUUUUACAGCAAAAAAAAGAAAUUAUACUGAUGUUUGUUCCUCCUACUGACACCUUCAUAUUGUCUCUUUUGUACCUCUUCCAGAGGUGUUUGUGCUACUAUUAGGAAAGAGAUUAUAUUUGUGCAGGUACCUGGUUGAAGUUCAACAGUUUUAGGCAAUCACUUUUCUCUUUAUUGAUUUAGAUGCCUAAGCCUCUUGGUUUUUGUCAUGCCUUUGUAGAUAGAUCACAGACGUGGAGAGAUGAUCCGCUGGUGAAAAAUAAAAAGAAUUUUACCGUCACUUUGGGCGAUUCAGAAAAAAGUGACUCUUUUUCUAUUCAGCAUGCUUUUUGCUAAAUAAAUGAAAUAAUUCAGUUAUUUGCUAUAAACGAUACUGUAUGAGUAUGUAUUCAAGUACUGCAGUAUGCAGACAAUUAAAAAUAUCAGAAACUCUUUUGAGAGGUUCAUAUUUUUCUUCUAGUAUGUUUCACUAAUAUCGACAGUUAUGGGUUCUUGUCUCAUGAAUUGCCAGAAUGACUAAAUGACCCUCUUUGUAUUAACAAAUAUAGACUAUGGUUGGUUAUUUCCACAUGCAUGACUUGCAGAGAAAUUCCACCAGGACAGUGUGAAUGCAGCGGGCUUUUAAAUCAAGACUUUUGUCAGUCGAGCUCAACUUUUCACUGUUUUUCACUGGUUGCUUGAAAACUUUUGAUGAUGACUGAGAUCCUGACUGUUUUAUUUACAUCAGCGCAGGUUCAAUCUGAUCCUCCUGCUCGCUAACAGUCAACAAGUCAGUGUAGAGUGAAAUUUAUUAUUUAUUAUGUUGCCACACAAACAAAAAAGCGACCUCAAGGUGUCAGAUUUAAAAUGUCGACAUGAGAAAAUGACAGUGGAGCUUCGAACAGCAGCCAGGAAGCUCAUGAGUUCAACAGAUUGUGCAACUUCCUCGAACAUCUCAGAGCACUGUGUCCCUAACCUUCAGGGUCGUGCUGCCCAAGGAUCUGACAUUUGAUCAUCAACUGAUCGUCAAUCCUUGAUCGGCAGUCGCUGUCAAAAGCACCCUGAGAUGUAGCAUUGAAAAGAGUUUUCUAUCGUAUUAGUCCAACCUUGACGAAACACAUCCUCUGUUGUAGAUUAUCACAGGAGGGGCUCGUUUCCUCUCACAGGGAUGUGAAUCUGUGCGUCAAGACAGAGCUGGUACAAAGUUAACAGCGCUCAGCAGUAGGGAAUUUGUACAUUGUAAGAAAUAUUUAAUUACAUUGUUACUGGCAAUUCUCUGCAUGAUAGUACAAUACAGAUGUGACUAGUUUUCACCAAGGACAGAAGAUUAAAGAAAUAUGUACACCCAAGUACAAGUAGCUGUGUGAAACUUAAAAUGGGUGCUGUUGGAGAAAUAGUUCAACUUUUUUGGGAAAUACGCGCAUUUGCUUUCUUGCCAAGAGUUAGACAAGAAGAUCAACAACACUCCUGUAUUUGUGCGCUAACUAUAACGCUACAGGCAGCAGCUGGUCACCUUAAUUUAAGACAAGCAAGGUGAAACUGCUAAUGUGGCUUUGUCCACCUCUGAAACUCACUCAUUUUAGCUUUAUCGCUAGUUCAUACAAAAACAAGGUGUCAUGGGUUGAAUGUGUCGGAGUAUUCCAUGACGACCCAAGAAAUAAUUUUGCUAAGCUAAGCUAACCAGCUGCUGGCUCCAGCUUCAUAUCUUCUCAUCCAACUCUUGGGAAGGCCAAGUUGUGUGUUUUCCAAAUGUUAAACUAUUCCUUCAAAGAAGUAGUUGAGUUACAUAAAAAAAUAUAUUUAUAUAAAAAAGAAUGAAAAGCAAGUUCCUCCCCUUUCAGUGCCGCCCAUAGGAACUUAUUGUAGAAAAAAUAUGUACCGUAGUCAAUGAUAAAGGAGAAAACAGAUUUUGAUCAUGUUUGGCUUGUGCCAUGAAUUACACAUAUGAUGUUUGUCAAUUUAAAAGAUCAUUUGGAUAGUCAAGAAAAUCAGAGUUUGUCGUAGGUUUGCUGUAUUAACAUUAAACUACUAAGUGAACUUCAUCUUUAUCAAUGUCUGAUAGUCCACCACGAACGUUUUUGUCACGUCUCGUCUCGUCAACGAAAAUGAAACAUAGAUUUCGUCUUAGUUUUUAUUAUCAAGAUCUAUUUUUAGCUCGUCAUCAUCUCCUUUAUAUCACCAUAUAAAGACGUAUAUAACACCGUUCUAACAGUUGAAGUCCUUAUCAUCAUGAUACAGUCCCAGUUCGGCUCCAGAACUACCUGGUUAGCUUAGGCAACAAAACUACAUGGCUAGGUUUAGGAAAACAUCAUGGUUUGGCAAGUACUUUUGUCACUAAUGUAUCGUGACGUUUGCCACGUGACACACAUCACAUCUGACACAUGACAUAAGUCACUAGCAUACCAUACUACACAUUAUAGUGUACUAGGCUACAUUGUUGUUACAACAAGUCAGCUUUGACUUCAAGAUGCAGACACUGGUCUCCUGGGUGAAAGUCCAGUGUUUGUUUGACCCAUCCCACCGCCACUGCCACCCAUCCUAUAGGGGCUUCUUCAAUAUUUGUAUAACAUUAUAAAGUCUUUUUUUGCUCAGUCCAUUAUUUAUUACUAUGGCCACUAGAGGACGCUGCCUUAAAAUAAAUGGAAUGGGUCGUAAUAGAGUCCACCAGGGAUGACAUUUUUCUGUAGGCUGCACGAAAGUUAGCAUCACACUGGUUCCCUUGUCAAAAAGCCAGUGUAAUUUUUCCAUUUGAUUUUGGAUUAUCGAUGAAUAUGAGCUUAUUAGCAAACAAAUGUUUAUGAUACUCACACAUUUUGCUCAGUAAGAUAAUCUUCACAAAUGAACUCCAUUUUCAAAUGCCAUCGCCAGAAAUAGAAACCUAACACUAGGCGCUAGUUUUACGACAAACUGUGACUUUCUUGAAGUGCAAAACUAUCUUUUAAAUUUCCAAACAUUAUAUGUGUGAUUCAUUGCACGAUUCAAGCUGCAUCAAAAAAGUGUUUGUCUCUCAGCAUUAACUACUGUGCAUAUUAAUUUUUUUUUUUAAACAAGGUCCGAUGGUGGUCCACCAGAAGGGGGGCGACUUCGCCUCUUUCGCCUGACACACUGGCCAAUGCAGCUGACCCAGGAAGUACAACAACGUGUCUUUGGUGGAUAAAAUGUGCCAAAAUAAUUACCUACCUUUCGUUUUAAUGUGAAGGGGUCAAAUGAACUGUCUGAAUAAAACAUCACAUGUUCUGUUGGACUCAAAACGGUUCUUAGUACGAAACACAUUUUAUUUGUAUUUUGUCUUUUCACGUUGCUGUCACGGGUCUUUGUGUCAUCUCUCCGAGUCAUCGACAUGUACUUCAUCAUUGACAUGUAACCAACAGACCUGAAGACUUUAACAGGCACUGAACUUUUUGACGCGUGACUGAUGUGGAUUACGAGCAACUAUAUCAGAUCCAACUGAAAUUGUAACUGUGUCACACAACAAAACCUGUUCACUAUUCUUACUUUUUGUAUUGUUUUAAUUUAUUUCAACCAUUGUUUCUUUUUUCUUUUAUCUCAAAAGACACAGAAAUGUUGUUCAUCAGUUAAUAACUUCACAUGAGUUACCGUCACAUUAACGGCGUGUUCAGUUUGUGGUACAUUUUGAUCUACGGUUCAGUCUCUGUCUUUGUUUACACGAUGACAUCUUGCAUUAUGAGAAAACUCCAAUCUAUGGUAACUGCCCUUGAAUAUCUGUAAUUUAAAUAGUGCUGCUAGAGAAAGAAAUCUAAAUGUAACAACUUACAAUAAAUACUUAAUAGAUUUUUGCCAAA